AUGAAGAUCACCGACAACCACGACGGCUUGGAAUCCGAGAUGGACAACGACGACUACAACGCUGUGCAGUAUUUCGACGGUGCUGACGACGAGCUCACGACGGAUGUCGAUCAGGACAAAGUCGACAAGGAAACUAGCCUCUUGCCCGGAUCACCAGCUCGUGCGCUGGAGUUUCGUCCUAAGCGUGGCGGAGGCAACAAUGGCCGUGUUGAUGGACGUGGUGCAAGACGUGGAGGCAGAGGCGGUCGUGCUUUGGUCUCUUGGGCGCGCCGUGGACGUACUAUUUCACAACACCAGGUUACCAUUGAGCGUCCACUCGAGUUUGGGACCGAAAUUGUGGUCUUAAAGGCCAAGGGCGAAACAAACAGUCAUGUGUCCAAGACUCAAUUUGACCAUGCAGUCAAGCUGAUCGACCAUGGAACUUACGACAUCGUCAAGGACUGCGAGGGUGUCAGCAUCAGACAUUAUAAUUUCGAAGUUCAUCGCUCCAUCGUCCGCUUCUUCGACUAUUGGAUCCACUAUCACGACAGCCAGGAUGCCCACGCCGCUAUCGAGUAUGCUCUCGAGAGGAAGAAGAGAAUCGACAUCAACAACCUCAAGCCCAAGCUCAGUGCUGAAAGUGGAUGGAGCUCCAUUUGGAGCUCCAUAUGGAUAAUCCAUAAUUCCAAAUGGAGUGGAAGGAGACCUUAA